CUACAUCGCCCCCAAGGUCGCCGUUAUCGUGGUCUUCGAUCCGGAUGUAGCUGCUGUUACCCCUGCCUGGGAGUGUUUGUUCUCUAUCUCGUCUUUGGGAUCUCCACAGCCGCCACCAUGUCCGACGCUGAUUUCGAAGCCGUUCGGAAGCUCCAGGCUGAGCGAAACGAAGCCGCCGCUGCGAAGAAAGGUUCUAGGACCUUUGACACGUCUAGCCAGCGCACUGACAGCUCGACCAAGGCCUCCCUGACGGAUACCUUCGAUACGACCCUGUACGAACGCGAGGGCGCCGACAAGUUUGCGGGAUACGACACUUCCAUCGCCGUCAAUGGCGACGAUGAAGAGAUGGAGGAUGCGGAUGCAGGCCACCGUCUGGUGGGCCAGUACACAGCGACUAGGGGUCAGAUAGAUGAGUUUGCCCACGGCAACGGCGUGGAAGAGGAGGACAUCCUUUUGGGGCGCGAGAAGGCGGCCAGAAUCGCUGAUCGUGAGACCGACUACCAGAAGCGUCGCUUCAACCGGGGCGCGUUGACGCCCACGCGUGCCGACCCGUUUGCCGCGAACACCCAUGCAAACGUCGAGGGAGAGGGACAAACCUACCGUGAAGUUAUGGCUCUGCGUGAGCUCGAGAAAGAAGAAGAGCGUGUCCAGAAGCUGAUCUCCGAACAGCAGGCCAAGGGCGAGGACGAUGGGCAAGAGCAUCAGGCUACGUUGAAGUCGGAUGAUAAAGAGAAUGCCGAUGCGGGCUCCACGGUCGCGGUUGCCACCGGUCGCAAGCGUAAGCAGCGAUGGGACGUGUCCUCCGAGCCCACCGCGUCGGCCCCCGAGGCAGACGCUGCGCAGCCCGCUGAAACCAAGACCAAGAGAUCUCGCUGGGACCAAACACCUGUGCCGGGCGCCCCGGAGGAUGCCCCCAAACGUCGCUCGCGAUGGGACCAGGCGCCUGCCAUUGCUGCCUCCACCCCUGUGGGCAACCAGGGGCUUGCCACCCCCAUGCAUCCUUCUCAAGUAGGUGCGCCUAUGAUGCCAUCCAGCUUUGGAACUGAUAUCUCUGGGCGCAAUGCUCCUCUGUCGGACGAAGAGCUUGACCUCAUGCUGCCGUCGGAGGGCUACAAGAUCCUGGAUCCUCCUCCGGGCUACGCCCCUAUUCGCAACCCCGCGAGGAAGCUCAUGGCAACCCCGGCCCCUAUGGCUAGUGCGUCGGGAGUGGGUGGCUUCAUGAUGCAGGAGCCGGAAAGCGCUCGUUCGUUGGGCAAGCAGCUUCCGACUGAGAUCCCUGGUGUGGGUGACCUGCAGUUUUUCAAGCCGGAGGAUAUGGCCUACUUCGGCAAGCUGAUGGAAGGUGGAGACGAGAGCGCGAUGACGGUGGACGAGCUGAAGGAACGGAAGAUCAUGCGGCUGUUGCUGAAGGUGAAGAACGGUACUCCGCCGAUGCGAAAGACGGCCCUGCGUCAACUCACAGACAACGCACGGCAAUUCGGCGCCGGUCCCCUUUUCAACCAGAUUCUCCCCCUUCUCAUGGAAAAGUCCCUGGAAGACCAAGAACGCCAUCUGUUGGUGAAGGUCAUCGAUCGUGUCUUGUACAAGCUCGACGAUCUCGUCCGCCCAUACGUCCACAAGAUUCUCGUCGUUAUCGAGCCUCUGCUCAUUGACCAGGACUACUAUGCGCGUGUCGAGGGUCGGGAAAUUAUCUCCAACUUGGCCAAGGCCGCAGGUCUUGCCACGAUGAUCAGUACCAUGCGUCCGGAUAUCGACCACGUCGACGAAUAUGUCCGUAACACGACGGCUCGAGCCUUUGCCGUCGUUGCCUCCGCUCUCGGUAUCCCUGCUCUUCUCCCCUUCCUCCGCGCUGUGUGUCGGAGUAAGAAGUCAUGGCAGGCUCGCCACACGGGUGUCAAGAUUAUCCAGCAGAUCCCGAUUCUGGUUGGUUGCGCCGUGCUUCCGCAUCUGAAGGGGCUGGUGGACUGCAUUGCCGACAACCUCAGCGAUGAACAGGCGAAGGUCCGAACCGUCACCGCUCUGGCUGUGGCUGCUCUGGCUGAGGCCGCCAACCCGUACGGUAUCGAGAGUUUCGACGAAAUCCUUAACCCCCUGUGGACGGGCGCCCGGAAGCAGCGUGGUAAGGGUCUCGCUGCUUUCCUGAAGGCCGUCGGCUACAUUAUCCCCCUCAUGGACGAAGAGUAUGCCAACUACUAUACCAGUCAGAUCAUGGAGAUUCUUCUCCGAGAAUUCGCUUCCCCCGACGAAGAGAUGAAGAAGGUUGUCCUGAAGGUGGUGUCACAGUGCGCUAGCACAGAUGGUGUGACGGCCAGCUAUCUGAAGGAACACGUGUUGACCGACUUCUUCAAGAGCUUUUGGGUGCGUCGGAUGGCCUUGGACCGGAGGAACUACCGUCAGGUGGUUGACACGACUGUCGACCUCGGACAGAAGGUUGGCGUGGGUGAGAUUCUCGAGCGCGUCGUGAACAACCUCAAGGACGAGAGCGAGCCCUACCGCAAGAUGACGGUGGAGACGGUGGAGAAGCUCAUUGCGGCGCUUGGAGCCGCCGAUAUCUCGGAGCGUUUGGAGGAGAGACUCAUCGAUGGUGUUCUCUACGCCUUCCAGGAACAGAGCAUCGAGGAUAUCGUGAUCUUGAACGGUUUCGGAACGGUAGUCAACGCUCUUGGCUCGCGUUGCAAGCCGUACCUCCCCCAGAUCGUCAGUACCAUCCUUUGGAGAUUGAACAACAAGUCUGCGACGGUCCGCCAGCAGGCUGCGGAUCUUAUCUCGCGGAUUGCGAUGGUCAUGAAGCAGUGCGGCGAAGACGCCCUGAUGGGCAAGCUCGGUAUCGUGCUCUACGAAUACCUGGGUGAGGAGUACCCCGAGGUGCUGGGGUCCAUCCUGGGUGCCCUCCGAUCGAUCGUCACCGUGGUCGGUAUCAAUCAGAUGCAGCCUCCCAUCCGGGACCUGCUCCCCCGUCUCACCCCCAUUCUACGCAACCGUCACGAGAAGGUGCAGGAGAACACGAUCGACCUGGUCGGUCGUAUCGCCGACCGUGGGCCCGAGUCGGUCAACGCGCGCGAGUGGAUGCGUAUCUGUUUCGAACUGCUCGACAUGCUGAAGGCCCACAAGAAGGGUAUUCGCCGUGCCGCGAACAACACCUUCGGUUUCAUCGCCAAGGCCAUCGGACCCCAGGACGUGCUGGCGACGCUCCUCAACAACCUGCGUGUCCAGGAGCGUCAGUCCCGUGUGUGUACGGCCGUUGCCAUUGGUAUCGUGGCGGAAACCUGUGCGCCCUUCACCGUGCUGCCGGCGCUGAUGAACGAAUACCGCGUCCCCGAGCUGAACGUCCAGAACGGUGUGCUGAAGGCCAUGUCCUUCCUGUUCGAGUACAUCGGCGAGAUGGCCAAGGACUACGUCUACGCGGUCACGCCGCUUCUCGAGGAUGCCCUCAUCGAUCGCGACCAGGUGCAUCGCCAAACGGCCGCCAGCGUGGUCAAGCACAUCGCCUUGGGCGUGGUAGGUCUGGGCUGUGAAGACGCCAUGGUGCAUCUCCUCAACCUGGUGUUCCCCAACAUCUUCGAGACCAGCCCGCACGUUAUCGACCGCGUCAUCGAAGCCAUCGACGCCAUCCGCAUGGCCGUCGGCACCGGCGUCGUGAUGAACUACGUCUGGGCCGGCCUGUUCCAUCCAGCCCGCAAGGUCCGCGUUCCCUACUGGCGCCUCUACAACGACGCCUACGUGCAGAGUGCCGACGCCAUGAUCCCCUACUAUCCCGACCUCGACGGUGAUGGUCUUGAUAGAGUGGAGUUGUCGAUCAUCGUUUGAGCUGUUAGAAAAGCCAACCAGCGUUUCUUUUACGUACUUACCACGUUACCUUUUGUCUUUCCUUGUUGUACACCCAUUUCUGUCUUCCUUUCUUUUCUUUCCUUCCACUUUUCAUCCAUCAUACUGGGCCUGUUCAAUUACGGUGUUUCUCCGGGCGGAAUUUGGCGCGUGUCGUUUACCUUUACUUACCAUCUUUCCUGAAGAUAUAGUCAAUGUCAAUGGCAACCUCCUC